CGGUAAGCCUACAGCGCAUGCGGUCUGGUGUAAAAUCGGGAAAAGAUGGCGGGUCUCGUCACGUUUGGGAAGUUGGUUUGCGGCAAUCCAGCUCUGAAAAGUUCCAUAUCCAGACUUUGUACAGAACGUGCAACAGCAUGGCUUCUGCCGACCAGACUGUCCCCGCUGUCGGCCAGAACAAUGGCUGCGGAGCCCAAGAAGUUUGUCCGAGACAAGCCGCACAUCAACAUCGGAACCAUUGGCCACGUAGAUCACGGCAAAACCACGCUGACUGCAGCCAUUACUAAAGUGCUUGCUGCCCAGGGAGGAGCGGAGUACAGGAAGUACGAUGAGAUUGACCGUGCUCCUGAGGAGAAGGCACGCGGCAUCACCAUUAACCAGACCCACGUGGAGUACACCACAGAGAACAGGCACUACGGACAUGUGGACUGUCCAGGGCACGCAGAUUAUAUCAAGAACAUGAUCACGGGUACAGCACAGAUGGACGGAGCCAUCCUGGUGGUGGCAGCUACAGACGGGUGCAUGCCUCAGACCAGGGAACAUCUACUACUGGCCAAACAGAUUGGUAUCUCCCACAUCGUGGUGUAUGUGAACAAGGCAGACGUAGUGGACAGUGAUACCCUGGAGCUGGUGGAGAUGGAGAUGAGAGAGCUGCUCACGGAGUUCGGAUACCCUGGCGACGACGUACCACUCAUCGUCGGUUCCGCGCUCUACGCUCUGGAGGGUAAGGACUCAGAGCUUGGAGAGGCAUCCAUCAAUAAGCUGUUGGAGGCAGUUGACAACUACCUGCCCCUCCCCCAGCGCGAACUGGACAAGCCCUUCAUGAUGCCGGUGGAGAUGGUCCACUCCAUCUCAGGCCGUGGCACUGUAGUUACCGGUACCCUGAUCCGUGGGACUAUCAACAAGGGAGACCCAGCACUUAUCAUCGGAUACGGCGUCAACGUGAAGACUGUCAUCACAGGUAUUGAGAUGUUCCACCAGCAGUUGGACAGAGCAGAGGCAGGAGACAGUCUGGGUGCCCUGGUGAGGGGAGUGAAGAAGGGAGAUGUGAGGAGGGGAACCAUGCUGUGUAAACCUGGCUCUGUCGCUCCACAGGAGAAGGUCCAGGCACAGGUUUACAUCCUGACUAAAGAGGAAGGUGGUCGUCGCACCCCGUUCACCAACACUUACACCCCUGUCAUGUUCUCCCACACAUGGAACAUGGCAUGUCGAGUCUCACUGCCAGAGGGAAAGGAAAUGGUGAUGCCCGGUGAGGACACGAGCCUGUCCCUGAUCAUGAGAACCCCCAUGGUGAUGGAGCCGGGACAGAGAUUCACGUUACGUGACGGGAACCACACCAUCGGCACCGGCGUCGUCACCAAACUCCUGCCACCUCCUAAACCAGAAGAGAAGUUCACAGGAAAUUAGCAUGAUAUUGAGUGACAGUGGUAGUGAUCUGAUGAUUUCUGUAGUCGCAGUGUACAUAUGAACCAUGUCAAUGUUUUUUUUCACAUUCUGAGAAAGAUUAUAUGCAACUAUUGCAUAGAAAGUAAAAGACAUUGCAAAGAAGGUAAUGAAGGCAAAAAUCACUAAUUUGUCAAGUUGUUUUCCUACGACUAAAAUAUUGUUGAUAUGUAGUCCAAGUGACUACAAAAUCUUGAAAGUCAUAUCUAUAUCCAUUAAAGUCAUUUGGCUUGAGACUAACACUAACAGAAUAAAAAACACACAGCAGCAGUCUUCUAGGACUUAAGAAUUGCAAGCUGUAGUCACGUGUCUUUUUACUGUAUUGGGCUAAAUAUGUACACUUACUUCUGGUGAAGUAUUGACUGUGUUACUGAAGGGUUUAAGCACAGGUGUCCCUCAAUUCACACAUACAGAAAUUAUAUUAACGUAAGUAGACUUUUGUAAGAAGGGAGGAAAUCCAUUCAGAGAGAAUAGUAUACAGUAUAGUCUGUUAGCACCACUUAUGUCUGUUUAGAACAGAAUGAAGUCAUUACGUACAGAUGCUGAGUCUGUGGAUAAUAAACUUGUUCCGCAGUGGUUUAACUU